AAGACCGCGCUGAUUGGAUGUUGUACCGGUCAUAUAAAGGGUUCGGAUAAACGUUCGCCCUCCUUUCCCUUCUCAUACCGGCAAGGUUGUGUCGCUGUUGCCGUAUUCCAUUCCAGGCCAACAACACCCACGAUCAACCUCGGCUCAAUAACUCGGCAACAUGUCUAAGGGACCAGCAGUUGGUAUUGAUCUUGGGACCACCUACUCCUGUGUUGGUGUGUUCCAGCAUGGCAAAGUUGAAAUUAUUGCCAAUGACCAGGGCAACAGGACCACACCCAGCUAUGUGGCCUUCACAGAUACGGAGAGGCUGAUUGGCGAUGCAGCCAAGAAUCAGGUUGCCAUGAACCCCACCAACACUGUUUUCGAUGCCAAACGUCUGAUUGGCCGUAGGUUUGAUGAUCAAGUUGUGCAGUCAGACAUGAAGCACUGGCCAUUUGCUGUCAUCAAUGAUAAUAGUCGCCCCAAGGUUCAAGUUGAGUACAAGGGUGAAACAAAGUCCUUCUACCCAGAGGAGAUCUCUUCUAUGGUGCUGACAAAGAUGAAGGAGAUUGCUGAAGCCUACCUCGGAAAAACCGUCAACAAUGCUGUAAUCACAGUGCCCGCUUACUUCAAUGACUCUCAGCGUCAGGCCACAAAGGAUGCUGGCACCAUCUCUGGCCUCAAUGUUCUGCGUAUCAUCAAUGAGCCAACUGCUGCUGCCAUUGCUUAUGGAUUGGACAAGAAGGUUGGCUCAGAGAGGAACGUUCUCAUCUUUGAUCUUGGUGGUGGCACCUUCGAUGUGUCCAUCUUGACCAUUGAGGAUGGCAUCUUUGAGGUCAAGUCCACUGCUGGAGAUACUCAUCUUGGUGGGGAGGACUUUGAUAACCGCAUGGUUAACCACUUCAUUGCAGAGUUUAAACGCAAGUACAAAAAGGACAUCAGUGACAACAAGAGGGCUGUUCGUCGUCUGCGCACUGCUUGUGAGAGGGCAAAGCGCACCCUGUCUUCCAGCACUCAGGCCAGCAUAGAAAUCGACUCUCUGUACGAGGGAGUGGACUUCUACACCUCCAUCACAAGAGCUCGCUUUGAGGAGCUCAAUGCUGACCUCUUCCGUGGCACCUUGGAUCCCGUGGAGAAGUCCCUCCGUGAUGCCAAGAUGGAUAAAGGGCAGAUUCAUGACAUUGUAUUGGUUGGCGGCUCUACCCGUAUCCCCAAGAUCCAGAAACUGCUCCAGGAUUUCUUCAAUGGAAAGGAGCUCAACAAGAGCAUCAAUCCAGAUGAAGCUGUGGCCUAUGGAGCUGCUGUUCAGGCUGCCAUCCUGUCUGGUGACAAGUCUGAGAAUGUGCAGGACCUGCUGCUUCUGGAUGUAACCCCUCUGUCUCUGGGUAUCGAGACCGCUGGAGGUGUCAUGACUGUCCUGAUUAAACGCAACACCACCAUUCCUACCAAGCAGACCCAGACCUUCACUACUUACUCUGACAACCAGCCUGGUGUGCUCAUCCAGGUUUAUGAGGGUGAACGUGCCAUGACAAAGGACAACAAUCUGCUGGGCAAGUUUGAGCUGACAGGCAUUCCCCCUGCUCCUCGUGGCGUUCCCCAGAUUGAAGUGACAUUUGAUAUUGAUGCCAAUGGCAUCAUGAAUGUCUCUGCUGUUGAUAAGAGCACUGGCAAGGAGAACAAGAUCACCAUCACCAAUGACAAAGGUCGCCUCAGCAAGGAAGACAUUGAACGCAUGGUUCAGGAAGCUGAGAAAUACAAGGCAGAAGAUGAUGUGCAACGUGACAAAGUGUCUGCUAAGAAUGGCCUGGAGUCGUAUGCUUUCAACAUGAAGUCGACUGUGGAGGAUGAGAAGCUUGCUGGCAAGAUCAGUGACGAUGACAAGCAGAAGAUCUUGGACAAAUGCAAUGAGGUCAUCAGCUGGCUGGAUAAGAACCAGACGGCCGAGAAGGACGAGUACGAGCAUCAGCAGAAGGAGCUGGAGAAGGUGUGCAACCCCAUCAUCACCAAGCUGUACCAGAGUGCUGGAGGGAUGCCUGGUGGGAUGCCAGAGGGCAUGCCUGGUGGCUUCCCUGGAGCUGGUGGCGCUGCUCCUGGUGGUGGAUCCUCUGGACCAACAAUUGAGGAGGUUGACUAAGCAUCCAUUCACGUUAGCUGCUACCUCUGAGAUGUUUUCUAAUAAGUAACCCUCCUAUAGCACAAGUUACAAGCUAAAGUGAAAUUCAAUGACAAACGGGGUUCAUGGAUAACAUUUAUGGCAUUGUUUGAAACACCGGUGGGAGGGAACAACUUGUUGGCAUGAUUGAGCAGUCUCUUCAAAUGUACGUUUUGUAUAUGGAGAGGUUAUUGCCUUGACAAUAAAUCUUGCAACCCUA